CACUACUUCCGGUUGUAGCAAACAAGAGCGUUGUGCGCCUGUUGGUGGUUUUAUUGUGUGUUUUUCUGCAACAUUGCUUCUAUAUAACCUACACCUUCGCAUGGGGGAUGCAGCAAACAUCUUACAUUGACAUCCUUUAGGACGGAUCCGCCUCCUGCAUUUUUAAAACUUAUCUAGCUUAGCUUAGCUCGCUAACGGCUAACAAAGAGGCGAGAAACUGAGCCAACACGUCGACAACACGAGAGGAGGAACUUUCUGGAACAAAAGAGAAGGAGCGACAACGUCAACUACUGGACGCUCUUUUCAACAACAGCCACACAAACAAUGGACACCAGGCCUACAGAAAGUUCCAGUGAAGGAGAGCAGGAGGAGCCACAGCCCCCCUACAUUAAAAAUGAAGAGGAGGAACACAGCAUCAGCCAGGCGAGGGCUGAAGGACUGGAGGGGUUCCCGCUCAUUCGUGUCAUCGUGAAGAGUGAAGAGGAUGAUGUCAGAGGUGAAAGUGAGGAGAAGAGAGAGGUGGAGAGACCAGGCAGCAGCUCAACUCAACACAUGACAACAGAAGCUGAUGGAGACCCCAGUGGAGGAUCACAAGCAGACAAGAUCUUAGCUCCGCUGUCAGAUAGUGAGGACACAACGUCACACUCUCCUGACACUGAUGAUGAAGACUCUAAAGCUGAUCCGACAUCUCACGCUGACAACUCUCACUUCAAAUGUUUGCAAUGUGACAAAACUUUUGUCAACAAGAGAAACUUGUCGAGACACAUGAGAUCUCACUCAGGACAAAAAACCUUCAUCUGCUCAUUCUGCGGUCAAGGAUUCUACGAGAACGCACAUCUGGUGAUACACACCAGGAUACACACGGGAGAAAAACCUUUUCCCUGCUCAGUCUGCAACACGAGUUUCCGUGUCCGUCCGUUGUUGAUUAAGCACAUGAGGACGCACACUGGGGAGAAACCUUUCACCUGCUCAGUGUGCGGUCGAAGGUUUGCUCAAAAGGGACAGUUGUUAACGCACACACAAACACACUCGGGCGAGAAACCUUUUGCUUGCUCGUUGUGCGGUCAAAGGUUCUCCAGGAAGGGAAAUUUGAGGACACACACGACAACGCACACUGGAGAGAGGCCAUUUUCCUGCUCGGUCUGCAACACCAGCUUCCGAGUUCAGUCGGGGCUGGCGCAACACAUGAAGACGCACACCGGGGAGAAACCUUUUGCCUGCUUGGUUUGUGGCAAGCGAUUUGCUCAAAAUACAAACUUGAUAACGCACACAAGAUCGCACACCGGGGAAAAACCUUUUACUUGCGCAAUAUGCAGCACAAGUUUUAGCUAUCAUUCGUCACUGAAUAAUCACAUGAGAACACACGCUGCUAAGAGUGAUUAGCUGCAGUGUGGAGGACAUGGAGGUGUGACUCAGGCGCUGAUGUGGUGAGGUAUGUUUGUGUACUUUACAAAUAUGUUACGAUAUUGUGGUUAACCUGUGUUGUAGCCCUCAGUUCAUUUCUGUGUUACUCUCGUUACGCAUGAAAGACUCUCGCACCUCGCUUUUCAUUAGUAAUCCAUUCUGUAUGGAAAGGAAAACCAAAUAAAUGUUUCCUGGAAGAAAUAUUGUACAAAAGCAGUGAAGUUGUCACGUUGUCCAUUCAUCCAUUUUCUACCGCUUAUCCCUUUCUGGGUCGCGGGGGGUGCUGGAGCCUAUCUCAGCUACAAUCGGGCGGAAGGCGCUCCAGAGAGUGGUGGCGCUUGUCCCGAGGAAAUUGGACUCUUAAAGGGUAGCAGCAGUUGGAUUUUAGGAGGAAGUGUAAAGACAUUAGCAACAUCUGGUAGGAAGCCCUUGUCGGUAUGAGUAGAGGAUGGUCAACCGACUCAAACUGAUCAGAGGAAUAAUGUCAAGGAAAGAUUGACUGGCCAGACUGACCAGUUCCAAGGCUAGAACUACAAAGAGUAAGGCUCUUCGUGUAAAAGGUAUUUAAGGACAGUUGUCCAAGAGGACAGCAGAAGAGAGAUGCGGCCCGUACUCUUUUCUCCUGGAA